UAAUACUAUAAAAGCUAAAUUGUAGACAACCAAGUAAGGAGCACAAGGAUUUUCACCAUGAAAGAGCAGAGGAGGUCACCUUCUGCUGUGACCGAUUGCUAUAUUGAUCAGGAGCAACAAUAUGUUUCUCCAACGAUAGGAACCGCUCUUCACACAAACAAGUCGGACAUGGAAGAUCUUCAGGCUGCUAAAACAACCAGCAUUUUCAGAGAGACCACAAUUUACAAAAAGGCUGCAGCAGAGUUCGUAGGAACUUUUAUCUUAGUAUUUGCUGGGUGUGGAGGAAUCAUGGUGGAAGCCCGAGAUAAAAUCUUAACUGACGUUGGGGUUGCUGCUGUUUUUGGGCUGGUUUUAAUGGCGAUAAUUUACAGUUUGGGACAUAUAUCUGGUGCUCACAUAAAUCCUGCAGUGAGUCUUACUUUCUCAUCUGUGGGACAACUUCCUUUUAAGGAGCUACCCAUUUAUAUUGUAUGUCAGAUUGCGGGUGCCACAGCAGCUGCAGCUGCACUCGAUGAAAUAAUUACAAACAUCUCCAUUAAUGUUGCUGUGAAUGUUCCUAUGGGACAUCCUUUGAUAUCACUGGUGGUGGAAUUCAUCAUUACUUUUAUGCUAGCCCUAGUUAUAUUUGCAACAGCCACUGAUCCUAAAGCACAUGGUCAAAUGGCAGGGGUUGCUGUGGGUGCUGUAGCAGCUUGUAAUGGGUUAUUUGCUGGGACGCUCUCAGGAGUUUCCAUGAACCCAGCAAGAUCUCUGGGGCCUGCAUUGAAAACAGGCAAUUAUAACGGUCUUUGGGUGUAUAUUGUUGGACCUGUUUCUGGUGCCAUUUGUGGAACUUGGUUCUAUAAGGUUAUUUCUAUACAAUAAUAGAUCUAGAGGUUUCUCAGUUCUUCUCCAAUGAAGAUCUAUGCCAUUUUCGUAUGAUAAUUUCUAUUAGUAUGCAUUCUUCUCCAAUGGAGAAUUGAAUGUUGGUAACUAUGUCAUUUUCGUAUGAUAAUUUCUAUUAGUAUGCAUUCUUCU